AUGGAAGCCGCGGCCCGCCAGCUGGUGCUGCCGACGCUGCUGGGGACGGCGUUCCCUGAGGCGGAGGCGGGGGCGGGCGCGGAGGCGGCCGUGGAGCACGCCUUCCUGCUGGAGGCGCAUCGCAACCUGACUGAGCGAAUCCGCAACCUGACGCGUGUGCUGAGCGCUCUCAACGACUCACUGGACCCACGCGUGCUGGCGCAGUUCAGCAGCAACCGCAAGCUGGACGACCCGGCCGCCUUCUACGCGCUCGUCGCCGCCUACUCGCUGCUCAUUGCGGUCGGCGCCGCCGGCAACUCUCUGGUCGUGUGCGCGGUCGUGCGCAAGCCCGCCAUGCGCACGGCGCGCAACAUGUUCAUCGUCAACCUGGCCGUCUCCGACCUGCUGCUCUGCCUCGUCACCAUGCCGCUCACGCUCAUGGAGAUCCUCACCAAGUACUGGCCGCUCGGCCGCCAGCCGUUCGUCUGCAAGAUGCUGGGCACUCUCCAGGCCACGAGUAUUUUCGUGUCCACCAUCUCCAUUACUGCGAUUGCUCUCGACCGCUACCAGGUGAUCGUGUAUCCCACCAGGGAGAGCCUGCAGAGGGUUGGGGCUGUCGUCAUCCUCGUCUUCAUCUGGAUUUUCUCCCUAGUACUUGCCCUUCCCAUGUAUCUCUGGAGGACACUCAAGCAUCACGACAUAAAUCUCCCCGAUAUAGCUUACAUUUCGUACUGUCUGGAAGAGUGGCCCAUAGAACACGGCCGCGCUUAUUACUCCAUAUUCUCGCUGAUCUGUCAGUACCUGCUCCCCAUCGUCACAGUCACCGUAGCGUACUCCAGAAUCUGCCACAAACUGCGGUACAGGUUCUCCAGCAGUUCUCCCGUCUCCCACAGUAAGGGCGGCGAAGCGACUGUCGAGUCCCCAUUGCGCCUGAAAUCUAAAGAGGAUCGUCGCUUGAAACGAACCAAUUCCCUGCUCUACUCCAUAGCUCUGAUAUUCUGCAUCAGCUGGCUGCCGCUAAAUGUCUUCAACGUAGUGCUCGACUUGUGGUACCCGUUCGACAGCAGUCAGGGUGAGACGAUGAUCAUCUUGUAUGCGGUGUGCCAUAUGAUGGGCAUGUCCUCGGCGUGCUCCAACCCUCUGCUAUACGGCUGGCUCAACGAGAACUUCCGCAAGGAGUUCCGUGAGAUCGCCUCAUGCGCCUGUCCGUGCUUGCCGGCGGUGAGGAGGUCGCUGCGCCGCUGUCUCGUCUCACUGCGCAGGCGCACCUCGGCCGACGCGCGUCUGCGACACGAGACAACCACCAACGGCUCCGGCCCUACUGCUGGGAAAACAGCCACUCUCCUCGUAACAGCGCAGAUCGGCGCCAACGGGUCGGCGGCGCUGACGACGCGCCUGGUGGAGGCGCAAGCGGUGGGUGCGGGUGCGGGGGCGUGGCCUCGGCGGGACACGGACACCGACAACGGCGCCACGGGCUCGCUGCAGCCCGACACCGAGAUGACGGUGCUGUCCAGGGCGUAGGGGCCGCGCCGCUCCGCGCCACAGCACCGCAGGUCACUCGCCAACAGCCCUGACCGUGCAGGCUCAGCGUUCGUCAAGGAGGCAGCUUACGCCACAGCCAUCGGGCAGUAUCAUCCCGUUCUACCAGCAAUCGUGGGUGGUGCUCACCCACAAGGAUUAUCGUAACAAUCAGUACACGCUCUGAAAGAUCCUCACUUCACUGCUUUUUCACCUAAUAGUGCAUCAGGUGUGUCCAGAAGUAUUUCGAAAACUGAUACUACAAUGGUGUGCAAAAUUAAAGCAAAAAUCGGAAAUUUUGCAAGGUUGCUUUUAUUUUGCCACAAAACAGUACAGACAGGUGAUAGAAAAGUAGAAAAAAUGUAAAUAAUACAGAACGUAAUAAACUGCAACACGGAUAAUGGUAGACAAAAAUGUUCUUCUUUUUUUCCCACUUAACGGAUUUGCACACACCUUGUGACAACAAGUUAAUGUGCUCAGUAAGGGGUGUGAUCACCUCUGACACCAAUACAGGCCUGACAACAACGGGACAUGCUGUGAGUGCUGUCAUCAAUCUCAUUUUGAGGCAAUGACGCCCAUUCUUCCUACAGAGCUGCACGCAGAUCUUGGACGUGAUGGAACCAGGCUCCCUAAUGUAUCCCAGACAUGCUCUAUGGAAUUCAAAUCGGGAGAGCAAGCAGGCAACCCUAUGCGUGCAGUAUCUUACGGUUCCAAAAAAACGUCAACCACCCGUGCUCUAUGAGAUCGAGCAUUAUCGUCCAUCAAUACGAAGUCUGGGCCAACAGUACCUCGCAACAACGAUGCAUGAGAUCCCAAUAUCCCCUCACGGUUCCUGACAGCAGUUAAAUCUAGCUGAUUCACCCGUACAAUUAAAGAGGUAUUCGAGUGGCCAACGUAAUCCCUACCCACACCAUUAAGAAUCCUCCUCGAUAUUGGCCUCCUUCCACAAUGUUUGGAUCCCUCCAGAUGCGAGUCUGUCGAGAAUCACUCUCCAGACCAAAUCGUGACUCAUCUGUGAAAAGAACGUUGGCCCACCGUUCGACCGUCCAGGUGGCAUGUUGACGUCUCCUGUGAAGACACGCAAGAGGUAAACAGACAGCAGAUCUCCAACAAUAGACGUCACUCCGCUGCAGCCUUCUGUUCACCGUUUGCCUCGAUACAAUACCUCCAGUGGAUGCUGCGCUGUCAGAUGCCAUUUGCAGUGCAGUACUUAAGCGGUACCGACGUGCCCUUAUAACCAAAUAAUAUUCCACUCUUUCUGAUGCUAGCGUGAUCAGCCCUGUCCUGGUCUCCGGUAUACAGUUUCAGUCUCUAUAAACCGUCACCUCAUCCAAGAAACAACAGAACGAUUCACGUUAAGCCAUCGCGCCACAUCAGUUUGCGACUCUCCUGCUUCCAUUCUUCCUAUGGCCCUCCAGAGAGUCCGUAGGCAUCUUGUCUGUGCCAUACUGCACCGUCUGUGGGUGUGUACACAACGAUUGUAGAUGUGGGACUACCCCGCUACAUAGGUGCCCCUGAUGGCAUUGCUGGCUUGUUUGUCCGUUGAUCGGAAUGCCAUCUUUGGUGCAGAACAGGACCGUUACGACAUCUGUUGACAGUUUGUAUGAUUAUAUCGUGAAUUAGACACAGUACGGGGAAAUAGUAGUUUAUUGCUUUAAUUUUGGACACCAGUGUAUAUGUAAUUUACGUCUCCAAUGUAUUAACUGAUUAUGUGUUAUUCUCCGAACAUAUGUGAACCACUACAGCGAUCUACGAAAACCUCGUUUCAUGUCACAAGAACAUGUUUCGUCUCUUGGACAGAAUAUCUCAACUGGUAUAACCAAACCAUUACAAACAAUGGACUGUGUACGUAAGCCCCGCAAGUGGCUUCUUUACACCGUUUAUGGUAAUAAAACGGUAAAGAAAACAGAAUCGUAAUUUACGUUAAAAUAGUAGUGUGACUGCAAGAAACUUAACUGCAAAUAUUCGUAAAUCGAAUGUUCCUUCAUUUUUGUGACAUAUUCACAUGUACUCCUAUUAUUACUUGUGACUGUUCCGUAUGAUAUGCAUUAGUAUUACGACAUUCUUUACAGCACGAUGAAAUGUAUUAAUGUGUUGUCUGUUCUGAUAUAUUUUCCAUGUAUGACGAACAUACUGAAAUUUA